AUGAACACCCACCUCGACCAUGAAGGCAAGAUAUCCCUGUGCGAAUCUGCCAGAUUAAUCCUCCGGGCCGCCCACCGGCUGCGAUCACACCACCUGGACGGCGACGCGUACCACAUCCUCAACACGCCCGGCUCAGGCUUCGUGGACAUGCGCUGCCUCGUCUACGCCGACCACAACGCGGACGGCAUGAUCUGA